UCGCCUCUGCGAUGUCCGGAGCGGGUGCUUUGGAACAUGGUCUCACGAAGAGGGAUGCCUGCUGCUGAAACCAUUGGCGCAGACACGAUAGAUGUCGAAAAUCCGGAGGCAAAGGAAGGCUCUGAAGCUGACCGGGCGCCGCUGCGGGAUGGCGCUGGAGCCAAAGGAAACUGCAUCUGGAGGUGUUGCAGGUUCAUCUCCUUUCUGGAUGUAGUCGUGUUGGGCUUCGCUGGAACUGCUUGUGUCGCUGGCAUCGUGAGCUGUUGGUACAUCCACAAUUUUGCAGCGCUUGCCCUCCGAGGAUGCUCUCUUGCGCUUUGCGUCUUGCUAUGCAUUGAACAAGGGACUCGGAACACCACGUGCACUUGCAAGUGCUUGAGGCAGCUCUUCCCGGCCUUGGAGUACUGGGUGGGACGGGGCCUGGUGCAUCUCUUCAUCGGGCUGCAGAUGGAGGGCACCAACAGCGAGGGUAUGGACACCGCCACCCGCGAUCUGACGAACGUGGCCUCCAUGGCCGUCUCGGCGAUGGGGAUCUUCUUCAUCGCGGGGGCCUUCAUGUGCUUUGGGCCACUUGAGAGACGAGGGCAGCGGCUGGCUGUGCGGAAGGAGGAGGUGAUGAGGGAGCUUUCAGAGUUGGAGCGCAAGAGGAAAGCCUUGGAAAGCGAAGCUGGACUCUGAGAGGAAAAGC